AUGCUCUGUUCAAUUCAACGCAGCAUUACAAAGAAAGUUCCAAAAAUUUUGGCAUCUAGUCUUCGCCAGAUUUCCGAGUGUGACCAGCCAACUGAUAUUAUCACACAUCCACCAACAGUUGCCACACAAUUCCCUUUCCAUCUUGAAGCUUUCCUUUUCGAUACUCCACCAGAUCCAGCUGCCGCACACCUUUGUCAUGAGAGCUUCCAGACAGCUUUGGCCCAAAUUUCAGGCGCCAAAGUUUGGAACGUGAUUGAUGUUCUUAAGAAACUCUCUCAUAAAGAGCUUCGUGCAAUUUUGAUGGAAACAUGCGAUAUUGCAUUCAAUGUCGACACAGACAUCAAAAUUGAUCCAAUUGCAAAAGAAAUUUCACCAGAAUAUAUCGAUUAUUCUCUUUCUCAACUUUCAAAGCACGAUUUACUUGAUUUAAUUCUCUUAAAUCCAUCAAUUCGCAUCAAAGUUGACAAAUCUUCGACUGGAUUUUCUUAUAAGACAAUCCCAGUUUCUCCUCUUUCGAAUAUGCUUUUCACACGUGAUCAGCAGAUCGCUACAGCCAACGGUGUUGUCAUGGGCCGCUUCAACGCUCCUCAAAGAACAACAGAAAUCGCUCUUAUGAACCAAGUUAUGCCACUUCUUGGUGUACAGCCAAUCGGAGCCAUUGGAGACCCAGGACAUCUCGAAGGUGGUGACUUCUUCCCAUUAGGAUACGAUAUGUCUAUGCUUGGCGUUGGAUUAAGAACAACAGCCGAAGCCGCAAGACAAUUGAUGAGAAAUGACCUCGUUGGAACACAGAAAUUCGUUGUUGUCGAAGAUACACACGAUAGAAACCCAACAAGAGCUCAUCUUGAUACUGUUUUCAAUGUUAUCGACGAAAAGACAUGCAUUUGCCUCGAUGCAAUUGCCGACGAUGCUCCUGAUUUCAUGAGAACAGCUAGAGUUUACGUAAAACACGAUUCUCAUUACGUUGAAGAGGAGAAAAUGCCAUUUGGUAAAUUCUUGGUCAAAGAAGGCUUCAAAGUUGUCAAAUGCUCCAUGAAACAACAGGCAGAGUACGUUCCUAACUUCAUUAACCUCGGAAAAGAUUCUCAUGGAAAAGCCAGGAUUUUGAUCAACAAUACAGAAUUACAGACCCUCUUGAAGGCUAACGAUGUCAACAUUAACUGCUACGAUAUUGAUUUCGCUGCAAUUUCUUCAAUGUCUGGUGGUCCAAGAUCUUCAACUUUCGUUUUAAGAGCAGAGUCAAAAUAA